AUGGAAUAUCCUCAGGAGAGCUUUGUCGGCACAACCUUUACGCCAGGGUCCUUCUGGGCGCGCCGGCGUGAAGUCGUGCGAAGCCAGACCCUGCGGCACCAGCUGAAAAUGCUCAAGGAGACUGGCCGCUAUGAUGCGUUCAAGCUGAAGUGGCAUCCAAGCUACGAUGAUCCUCCCACCGUCUAUCCGGUUCCAAACCAUCAAUUUUGGGACUCUGACGUCGCCAAGUGGAUUGAAGGAGCCUGUUACUUGCUCAUGGACUCAUUUGAUUCGGAGAUCGAUGCCGCAGUGAAAGAGCUAGUGCAGAUGAUUCGAGGAGCGCAGCAGCCAGAUGGAUAUUUGAACAUUCAUUACACUGUCGUGGAACCAGGCAAGAGGUUUACCAACCUGCGGGAUAUGCAUGAGUUAUAUAAUGCAGGUCAUCUCAUUGAGGCUGCUCUUGCCCAUCACCUGUACUACAAGAAUGAUGAGCUGCUGUCUCCGAUUCUCAAGUACGUAGAUCUUUUUGUGACUACGUUUGGAGACCAGGACGGCCAGCUGGCUGGGUAUCCAGGACAUCCGGAGAUUGAGCUCGCUCUGCUGCGCUUGUACAAAGUCACAGGAGAUCAAAAGCAUCUGAAGUUGGCGCAAUUCUUCAUUGAGGAAAGAGGCAACCAAAAAGGUGGCAAAGAGCAACGCCCUUACUACGACGUGGAAGCGGAAGCGAGGGGUGAAAACGAACAUGAACUGCCCAUGUGCUAUCCAGCCGCAAGAAGCUACUGGUAUCAACAAGCCCAUAAGCCAAUCGCCGAGCAGGAAACUAUCGAGGGCCAUUCGGUUCGAGCGAUGUAUCUCCUCACAGCAGUUACAGAUCUUGUUCGCAUUCAUGAACCUACCAGUGAAACCGGGACGAAGUUCUUACCAGCUCUCCAUAAGCUUUGGUCAAAUAUGGUUGAGAAGAAGUCUUAUGUUACUGGUGGAAUUGGUGCAAUCAAGAAAUGGGAAGGGUUUGGUAUCGACUACUUCUUGCCUCAAGGCACAGACGAAGGCGGGUGCUAUGCAGAGACAUGUGCCGCCAUCGGAGUUAUGAUGCUGGCUGAGCGCUUGCUACGUAUUGAACUGAACAGCCACUACGCUGAUAUCAUGGAGCUAUGCAUGUACAAUGCUGUUCUUACUGGUAUGAGUCUGGAUGGGAAAGCCUUCACAUACGUGAAUCAGCUAGCCUCCUCAGAUAAAGAUCUCUCGGAGCGUUAUGAAUGGUUUGAGUGUGCUUGUUGCCCACCAAAUGUCACUCGAACUCUAGGUUUCCUUGGAGGUUACUUCUGGACUCACGCUAUAAGCCAGCAGAGUGCGGUGGUCAAUGUGCACAUGUAUACUUCCGCUACUUUGAGUCUCAAGGUUUCCAACUCAACACUGACUGUCACUCAAAAGACCGACUGGCCAUGGAAUGGGGAUGUGGAAUUUGAGACUCGCACCGAGGGACCGCCCGUUGAUCUCGAGCUACGUCUGAGAAUCCCUGGUUGGGCAACGUCAUGGGAGAUUACUCCUCGCCUCGACAAUCUCAAGAUCGAAAAUGGCUACCUGCAUCUCAGUACCGAGUGGCUACAACAAAACUCGAAAUUCCGCCUCUCCUGCCCAAUGAAGCCACGAUUCGUUCGCCCUAAUCCUUUAACUAUGCAGCCCGUCGCAUAUGUCACACGCGGCCCGAUCGUCUACUGUGUCGAGGAUAUAGAUCACCCAUGGGAGAACCAGCAUUUUAAGCGUACGAUUCUUGACCUGAACGCAACUUUGAAAGAAGAGCCGCAAUCUGAGCCAGACUCUUAUGUCGCCAUUGUGGCUGAGAAUGGUGUGAAGGGCGAACUCGAUACGUCAGCCUGGGAGGGCCAAAUUGUAGCCGAGUCUAGUGAUGAAGUUUCCAAGUCCUCGAAGGAUUUGAACUAUAUCCCUUACUAUCUUAGAGCCAACCGGGGUGGAAAGGGUCAGAUGAGAGUGGGUCUGCGUGUACUCUAA